AUGGCCGCGUCAUCAAGCUCGUCCGGCGGGUGCACAUGGCCGGACCUCCAGCCGGAGAUGUUGGGCGUCGUGCUCUCGCGGCUGCCGUCGCACGCCGACCGCGUCCGCCUCGCCGCCGUCUGCCGCCCAUGGCGCUCCAGGGCGCGGCUGCUGCGUCCGCUACCCCCGCUACUCCCGUGGCUUGCCCUCUGCGAUGGCACCUUCCUCAGCAUCCCCGACGGCGUCGUGCACCGCCUGCCCGCGGCGGGACACGACGUCUCCGUCCGAGUCUCCACCGGCAGCACGCUCUUCCUCGUGCACGUCGACGACCACAAUUGCUCCCUGAUGAACCCUUCCCCGGUAGCGACGACCCCUGUCCCUGAGGCCGCCGGCUGGUUCCGAGAAAACCCGACCGUCCGGAAGGUGUUAAUGUCCGAUCACCUCGUCGCCGCCUUGGUGAAGUCCAAAGACAUCUACGGUUCCAAGACCACGAAGGUCAUCAUCUCCACUCGUGGGCAGCCAUGGGACAUCACGAGGUGCUCCACCACGGAGUGGGCGGAGCCUGAAGACAGCCACGUCAACGACAUUGCGCUCUUCCAAGGGAAGCUCUACGUCCUCCUCACCACAGAAGUGGAGGAAUGUCGUCAACAGGAGCUUCGUAUCCUGGACGACGGCCGCGAGCAGACAGCCAUCGGCGGUACGGCUGACACGCAUAUCGACGGGGACGCAUGGUACAAUCCUUACUCGACAGACAUGUACGUGCUGCGGAACUACCUCGUUGCCUCCGGCGAUCGGCUGCUGAUGGUGGAACGAAGGAUUUACCAGCCGCCAAUGUUUCCGGCAGACUCGGGGAUUGAGGAGCAAACUCGACUCUUCAAGGUCUUCGAAGCAACAGGCCUGAGCAGCGGCUGUGGACACUGGACCGAGGUCGAUACGUUGCUGGGGCGCGCGCUCUUUGUCAGCGAAGGCUGCUCAGAGUCUCUCCCAGCUGGGGGUCAAUCUAGCGGCGUCGGAGUUCGAGAAGAUUGCAUCUACUUCAUGAACGGCGAAACUUGUGAGAAUCCCUUUCCAGACUCCGGCGUGUACAACAUGAGAGACCAGACAGUGGCGCCGUUGCUGCCGGCGACGGUGGCGGUGCCCGCAGCCGGCUACGGUCCAUGGUCUCCAACUUGGCUUUUCCCAGAGACUUGA